AUGUUCAAAGAUAAAAGGUUAUCGAAAGCGUUAAGGCUUAGUCUACUGGCAAGACGAGUCGACUACGAGAAGCACAACGCCCUCAUUUGGGCAGAAUGCCUUACCUUGAUUACCCCGGCAACGGGCACCAAUGCUCCCAAACCACCCCGUAUCCCCCCCACCCGACCCCCCAACUCCCUCCUACUCGAACUCCACAUCUUCAACGGCCACCCCUUCAAUGACCACUGGGCAUACUGGAUCCCCUCCCCGGGAGACCCCAACAUUGGCGUCAAGAUCCACGCAACCGGGGACGUGCGGAACGGCUUUAUCUUUGAGAUCAAACGCAGUCAUGACCUCCGCACCAGUCCUGAUAUACCUACCAAGCGAAUCCCGUUGCAGUGGUUGGAUUGGCAGUAUGUUGAUGAGAAAGUGAUGUUUAAUGAUGGGGUUGAGAAUAUUGAUAGCACUCCGGUGUGCGGGUUUGAGGAGAGGUUGUAUAAAGUGGAGGUGCCGGAGAAGACGUUGAAUAGUGUUGGGGAUGGUGGGGAGGGAAGAGCUGUUGGGAGGAGGAUCGUGCAGAGGGAUUGCCAGACGUGGAUUGUGGAGUCUGCGGAGCAGUUGGUGAGGGAGGGGAUUUUGGGGAGGGAGGUGGGGGAGUUUCUUCGGCGGAUUGAGCAGUGA